AUGGCGCAUCAACUGGCACCGUCUGUAAAUUGUUCAUUGGACGACAUUGACCUCAGUUCAUUAAAGGACCCGGCUGGAAUAUUUGAACUUAUAGAAGUUGUAGGCAAUGGCACCUAUGGACAAGUAUACAAGGGACGCCACACAAAAACAGGACAACUUGCUGCCAUCAAAGUUAUGGAUGUUACACAGGAUGAGGAAGAAGAGAUAAAACUUGAAAUUAAUGUCCUUAAAAAGUAUUCUAAUCAUCGUAAUAUUGCCACAUACUAUGGUGCUUUUAUUAAAAAGAGCCCACCUGGAAAAGAUGAUCAGCUUUGGUUAGUAAUGGAAUAUUGUGGUGCUGGUUCUGUGACAGAUUUGGUAAAAUCAACUAAAGGGCAAUCGUUAAAAGAAGAAUGGAUCUCAUACAUUUGCAGAGAAAUUCUAAGAGGUCUCAGUUAUUUGCACUCUAACAAGGUUAUACACCGUGAUAUAAAAGGACAGAAUGUGCUACUCACAGACAAUGCCGAAGUAAAACUUGUCGAUUUUGGAGUAUCAGCGCAGUUGGACAGGACGAUCGGCAGACGUAAUACAUUCAUCGGCACCCCGUACUGGAUGGCGCCGGAGGUGAUCGCGUGCGACGAGAACCCCGAGGCGACGUACGAUAAUCGCUCUGACCUCUGGUCGCUCGGUAUCACCGCGCUGGAGAUGGCCGAGAGUCAACCACCUCUGUGUGAUCUCCACCCUAUGAGAGCUCUCUUCCUCAUUCCGAGAAACCCGCCGCCACGUUUAAAAUCUAAAAAGUGGGCGAAAAAAUUCCAUGGUUUCAUUGAGACUGUUCUUGUAAAAGAUUAUCAUCAGCGUCCUUACACUGAACAGCUUUUGAAACAUCCAUUUAUUAGAGAUCAACCAACAGAGAGACAAGUGAGGAUACAAUUGAAGGAUCACAUAGACAGAUGCAAAAAGAGAAAGCAGGACAACUCUGUGCGCGAGGACUACAAGUACUCGGGGUCGGAGGGCGAGGAGGAGGACAACGCGGUGGCGGGCGAGCCCUCGUCCAUCGUGCACAACGCGGCCGCGCACCAGGGCGGCGACACGCUGCGCAGGAACUUCCAGCAGAUACAGGAAGGAAGGGCUGAAGCACAACAGCCUCAACCGCCACCUAAACGUAACAGCAAGCGGGAGGAGCGCGAGGAAAUACCAGAACCUGGCCCGCCAGCGCGGCCAUCCAUUCCACAAAGACUGAUAGUAGUGCCCGAUCCACAGGCACAACAGCCAAAUAGAUAUAGGCCAUUGCCCCCGACGCCCAAAUCGUCGGGCUCGUCCAACAGCUCGGGCUCCAACAACGGCACCCCGCCGGCCGGCGGCCCGCAGCCCCCGCAGCGCGGCUCACAUCACAUCUUUAAACCAAUGCUUCCACCGCGAAGGCCAGAGGAUUUGGACAAGUUAGCGGCACAACUCAACGAGCUUGGUGUAGUGUCCGGCAAUGAACCUCCUAAUCGGCCGCCGCGAGCACCAACCAACGGCCAGGGUCCGGUGGCGGCGCCGGAGCCCACGUUCGAGGAGUCGGACAGCGACAGCGAGGCGGAGGAGAGCGGCGGCCGCGUGCGCAACGAUGGCACGCUGCUCGCCAGCGACCCGCCCAAGCCGCUGCCAGGGCUGAGCGCGGUGGCGGAGGACGGCGGCGGCGGCGCGCCCACGCGCCCGCUGCCGCCCACGCCCGACGACGACGACCCGCUCGCCGACCGCACGCUCGUCAAGCGGAGGGAGGCCGAAAAAGAUAAAAGACAAUCGGACAUCGAUGAAGCCGUCCUACUUAAAGACUGGGACUUUGCCAGAUUUUUCCCAUCGAAAAAUGCUGAGGCCAAAGAAGAAAAGCAGGACACCACAAAAGAGGCAGAACAAAGACGCGCGCAACUCCAACGUCAGUCGAGAAUUGAAAUGGAGGAUGCGUGGGCCAAGUAUAAAGCCAUCGCCACGCCGCCCUUGCGGCACAAACAGUUGUUCCAGAAACCGACAGAAAAGUCUACACAGGAAAAACUGUCUGAUAUACUCAAAUAUAAGAAGGAGCAAGACACGGAAUCAAACGGCCCGAACAGGUUCUUUAGAGGGUUCCGUCGAGAGAACUCUGAUCUAUUCCCGCUCACCAGCACUCGGCACUCCGCCAUCUACUAUCCCAAACAUGAUAACCAAAUCGGUGCCAACAAACAGCUAAGGUCCAGCGGAAUAUUUAAUCACUCACGUAAACAGACGACCAAACCUCAGACGUCAGGCGAACCGAUCUUAACUGACUUCAUCAAAAUGAAUGACAGCUUAAAAAAGGCGCAACGAAACGGCGAGAAAAAAAAUGUCGAAAAAAAAGUAGCCGCAAACAAUCCAAUCGACGCUUUGAAAAACGUCGCCGUGCUCAUACGCCAGGGCAGCGAGGACAGCGGGCACAGCCCCGACCUGGCCGCGAGGCCGCGCCGGGAAAAGACCGAGUCCGAUAUCGUAUUCCGAAGAAACUCCCAAUAUAACCGGCACAGUGACCUUAUACCGAGCGGGCAGGAAGCGGUAAUCGCGCAGGACCAGGGUCGGUCGAGCAACAACGAGGGCAGCGGGUCGCGCACCAGCUCGGUGCUGCCCGACCUGCUGAGCCAGGCGGGGCAGCCCACCACGCCGCCGCGCCACGACAAGUCUACCAGCGAGGAGUAUAGGCAAGCGAUCGCGGGAGGCACCCCCGCCGCCCACCACCACCACCAUCCGCCCCCGUCCUCGGCCCAGUCGACGCCGUCGAAGUCGUUCGUGGCAGGCGCGGCGUCCCCCCUCCCCGCCCACUCCCCGCACCCCCUGCAGCACUCCCCGUCCAACUCGUCGGUGGGGUCGCAGCAACAGUUCCUCCCCUUGCAACAGAAGCAGCGCUCGUUCCUCACGUUCGGGUUCGGCGCCGGCUCCGCGGGCAGCGGCACCGGCACCGGCGGCUCCGGCAACGCGUCGCGCCGCGAGAGCCACGUCAACGUCAACGUCACGCCCACCGGACACGACCUCUCCUCCGACACGCCGGAGAUACGCAAGUACAAGAAGAGAUUCAACUCGGAGAUACUGUGCGCGGCCCUUUGGGGAGUCAAUCUGCUAAUUGGUACUGAAAACGGUUUGAUGCUGCUGGACCGUUCCGGCCAAGGAAAAGUUUAUCAAUUGAUCUCAAGACGCCGCUUUCAACAAAUGGAAGUGUUAGAAGGACAAAAUAUUCUUAUAACUGUAUCCGGGAAGAAGAAUCGCGUACGAGUGUAUUAUUUGAGCUGGUUGAAAUCGAAGAUUUUGCGUACAGAUGGUUUAAGUGAUCAAGUCGAAAGAAGAAAUGGAUGGAUAAACGUAGGAGAAUUACAGGGUGCUGUACAUUUUCGCAUAGUCAAGUAUGAGAGGAUCAAGUUUUUGGUCAUUGCUCUUAAAGAUUCUAUCGAGAUUUAUGCUUGGGCUCCAAAACCAUAUCACAAAUUUAUGGCCUUCAAAAGUUUCGGAGACUUGCAGCAUAGGCCUCUAUUAGUUGACUUGACUAUAGAAGAAGGAACAAGACUGAAAGUAAUCUAUGGGUCAGCAGAUGGCUUCCAUGCCGUCGAUCUUGAUACUGCCAGUGUAUAUGAUAUUUAUAUUCCAAAACAUACCCAAGGAGCAAUUGUUCCACAUUGUAUUGUACCACUGCCGAAUUCCAAUGGAGUGCAGCUAUUGUUAUGCUAUGAUAAUGAAGGUGUCUAUGUUAACACUUACGGUAGAGUCAGCAAAAAUAUAGUGUUGCAGUGGGGUGAAAUGCCUACAUCUGUUGCAUACAUUGGAACAGGACAAAUAAUGGGAUGGGGCAAUAAAGCCAUUGAAAUACGCUCUGUCGAAAGUGGGCACCUUGACGGCGUGUUUAUGCACAAAAAAGCCCAACGGCUGAAGUUUUUAUGUGAGCGCAAUGACAAAGUAUUCUUCUCAUCCGCCAAAGGUGGUUCGUCCUGUCAGAUAUACUUCAUGACGCUGAACAAGCCGGGCAUGGCCAACUGG